GACCAGUCACUGAGUGUAUGCACAGACUAAAUUUACUUGUUUAUUAGAUUGUUGUUAUUUACUUGAUUCAAGUUUAAUAAAAUGUACUAAUAAAUAAUCCAAUAUUGACCUGAAGUGAAUGGUCAAUUGACAAUGCAGACAACCUAACCUUACCAACGUUAACAAUUUAAUCAACAUAUCAACGCAAAUUUGGCUAUUUUCAACUAUGCAACUAACCAACAUCUUUUAUGCUUUCCUUCAGUUUUACUUUUUUCAAUCGUGUUUUGUGAUUAAACAGGCCUCUCCAAGUGAAAGUUGCCUUUAAUUUGUUAUUAAUAAACCUUAAAUUUAUAAUCAUCAUGUUAAUCAAUAAAGUUGUGUAUCAUCCAUUAACAACCAAACCAAUUAUUAUUAUAUUAAUAAUUAAGGUUUAAACAACAGUUGAAAGUUAUCAUAUACAGACGAUCAAUUAAUAUAAAUAACGUGGAUAUAAAAAUAUAAUCAAAAAGGACGGAGAUCAAGCGAACUGUGAUUAACACUGGACCGAUUGUAACUGAACAAAGCCAUAAAUGACCAAUGAACUAACCUUAAAUCCCGUGGACUGAAUACUUACCAGAAGAUAAGUUGGCCAUUCAGGACUAUUGAAAGAUAUUCAAGCUGCAAACCCAAUUGGCUUCAAGGGCUUUCAUUAAUGUCCAAUCAAACAAUUAUAUACGGAUUGUAUUACCAACUGACCCUGUUGAAUGAACAAAAUUCAUAAGUGUUAAAAUAUAUAGUUGAGAGUUACUGUUAUGAUUAUUACAUAUCAGUUGAUGAGGAUGAAGAUGAAUAUGAUUAGAUUUGGGUUUCAUUUUAAGACUCAACAAGAUUGUAUUAAGAUGAAACAAGAUGACGAUGUUUAAGGUCCUGUUUAAGGUCAAUCUUUAAAUUGAUAUCAAGCUCAUCUUAACUUUAAUUAUUGGAUAAUUUUUGGACAUGAAAAACAACAACAAAAACAACUGCUCAACAAUUCAAAAAGGGUUAUUGGUCGAUGAACAAAAAAGAAACAUCAAAAGCCUGACUUUGCUGCUCCAAAACCUAAAGACACUUAAACCUUGUCUACAGAAACUUCAACUUGACCAACAGCAAAAAUUUUAUAAAGCAAUUUAAGUUGAAAUAAUUAUAAAUGUUGAUCAUGAGGUUUAUGAGUAAAUAAUGAAAAUCAAUUGUUUAUCUUGAUUAUCAGGCCCACAUAGUAACGGAAAACCAAAUAUACCUAAUUUCAUCUUUUUGCACCCAACGUCCAUUUAUAUUAUCAUUACAUCAUGUCCGUUGGCUUAUGCUUCAGGCUUUAAUCACGAUGGGCAUGAAGAUGAAGAGGAUGAUGAUUGACUUGAUCAUCAUCAUCAUCAUCCUGGCCGUCUCUCUAUGAGAGUCGGUCUUUUCUGGGUCGCUGAUCUUGAACGGGAGUUGAAGAUGAAGAUGAAAGAGAGUGAGACUUGAAAUGGCGUUGUGCCUUUACUAAAUGAGUAGCAAAAAAUAUAUAUAUAAUAAACAUAACUCCCGGACUUGAUCAUCAUUAUUAUCAUUACUUGUUUCUAGCCCUCUCUCUCACUCACUGACUCACUGACUCUCUAUUCAUCUCUCUUGGAUGAGUAUAACGGUGCUCUAAAAGUGCUCUUGGUCAUCAUCAUCAUCACCACCAACGACAACAAUCAGUUGAAACAACAUCAAAUUCAAGUUUGUAGUUGUUCAAGACAACGUUCGGACACUUAUACCGAGUUAAACAGUGAAUCAAGUCGCGUCUCUACAAUCAACCAGGAUAUUCGCCAUUUGACAAUUGUUUAAUGACUACCAAUUAAUUGUUAGAUCAUUGUUAACCACCAUUGUUACUUAUGUGUUGAUAAACAAUCGCAGGCCUUCAACUCUCGCCCUCUCUGUUACACCAUUAGAUGUCUUACGCUUGAACGGCAUCAAAGAAAACAAAUUUUUUGUUGUUUUUGAUCAUAUUUUUGUUAAUUGUCACCAUUUUAAUCAUCAAUAAUUUUCAAUCCAUCACAUGAAUCAAUUAAAAUGAUACUAGCCAGGAUAACUCUAAUAACCCUUGGAUUAAUCAUUCAAAAUGAGUUAAUCCUUGGACAAUCACAGCGAGGUCCAUACUAUGGUACUUAUAUUGGCAAAUUAGACACAACUUUACACAAUGUGGCCGGAGAUGUAUUCUCGGUGGAUGAGAAUACAAUUUUUAUUAAAGGCUUCAGUUAUGAUGGAUCAGCUCCUGAUGCUUAUUUUUGGGCAGGAACCACAACUAACCCUGAUGUCACUGGUUUCAUUGUGCCUGAUGAGAAAGGAUCAACCAAACCUCUUGGUGCUUAUACCAAAAAAGAUAUUGUGCUGCGUCUUCCGGAGGGCAAAACAUUCCGUGAUAUCAAAUGGUUUUCAGUUUGGUGUCGUAAAUUUAAAGCCAAUUUUGGACACAUCAAUAUACCCCGUAAUUUGAUUAUACCUACACCUGUUGAGAUAAGGCCAUUGUCCCAAUUGGAGCAUGGUGUUAAAUCUGGUCCCAUAACCAUUGUCGAUGCUCAAACUUUUCUCAUCAAUGACUUCCAUUAUGAUGGACAAGGUCCUGCUGGUUAUUGGUGGGUCACUCCUGGUCCAAGGCAAAGUUCAACAGGUUUAAGGUUGAAAGAUGAAAAUGGUUCAGAUAAACCAUUGAGAAAAUAUUCCGGAGAAACUGUUGUCAUCUCGUUACCUGAGGGUAAAACAAUCUGGGAUUAUGAUUGGGUUGGUGUUUGGUGUGAAGAGUAUCAAGUUGAUUUUGGUAACACUCGGAUACCACAAAACAUUAGGGUUCCUCCAUCGCCCAAAAUGCUUGGAGUUAAACCCGAGAGUAAAUUAAACUGUGAAGUCCUCUAUGAUCAACUUGGUUUUGAGUUACGCUGGGUAAUGGAUGGUGAUGAUAUUGUCAUGCAACUUGUCGGUAAAAUAGAACCAAAUGAAUAUAUGGCCUUUGGACUAUCUAAGGAUGACUCUAAAUCAAACAUGGUCGGAGCUGAUGCUGUUGUUACCUGGUAUGGUCCCAAUGGGAAAGGUCACGCUGUUGAUUAUUAUCUUGGCAGUAAAGAACAGUGCGUUGGAACAACUGGAAGCUGUCCUGAUUUGAAAUAUUCUGGUGCCUCAGAUAGUAUAACUCUUCUUCAUGCAGCCCUGGUUAAUGGAUUCACUUUGGUUACAUUUAAACGACCACAAUUAGGAGUCGAUGAUAGAUUUGAUCAACAUGUUUACAGUGAUGGCAAUCAAGCAGUUAUCUGGGCUAUUGGUCCGCUAAAUGAUCGAGAUGAAGUAUCUUACCAUAGAUUGAGAUCACGAGGAAAUGUUUUCAUUGAUUUCGCACGAACACCAAAAUGGAAUUGUCCAAAUUCAGAAGCAUCAUCACCUUCCACUUCUCCUUCAUCAUCGGGUUCUCCAGCAUCAUCAUCACUUCCAUCUACACCUUCUCCAUCUUCAAGAGGCUCUCCACAAAACAAUGCACCAUCAGCUUAUCCUCCUCGAUCACCUAAACCUCAGUCAACAUCAACAUCAGCAGCCUGGGAAAUUCCUCCCGUUAUUUGUCCCUCUGAUUACACAUUUCGAGCCCAAAUUGGACCAGUUGGAGGUAAGAAAGGUUAUCAAGGAAUAACUGGUAAAGUUGGAUGGGGAAUUGCCUGGUACAUCAAUGGAUUGAUUAUUCCAGAAUUAACUGUUGAACGUGGUAAAACAUAUACAUUCAUUGUUGAAGGUGGUAAUGACAAAACUCACUCUUCUCGUCGUCACCCUCUUUACAUAACUGACUCUCCUGAAGGAGGUUUUGACCAUAAAACAGAAGAAGAACGUAGAAGAGAGCGAAUUUUUGCUGGAGUCGGUAUAACCAAGCGAAAUGAAUUGGUUCCAACAGCUGAAGGGCGAUACUGUGAAUGGAAAAUUGAUACACGAACUCAAGAACAACCAGAUAGUUUCAAAGAUUUCUUUGAUUUCCAACGAACAUUAUCAUUACAAUGUUCCUCGGGUGAACCAGGAAUCUUGAGAUGGAAACCAGACGCAAACACACCCGAUACAGUUUACUAUCAAUGUUACACUCAUCGUUAUCUUGGUUGGAAAAUACGAGUUGUUGAUUCAUGUGAUCAAUUGGCAUCAGCAUCGAUAACACACAUUUACCAAACAUUGGCAGAUAAUUCAACUCGAAUAGCAUCUCCACAAAGUUUAGAUCUUGCACCUCGUCGUAAAUCAGAAAAAAGACAGCGUAAAGCUGGAUCUAAUAACAGAGGACGAGGCGCGUCUUUGUCUCCAUCCAACAGAAAUAAUGUUAAUAGUGUUACCAAAAAUAACUCAACAAGAUUACCAGCAAAACAAUCUUCCGAUUCGAAUGAGAUGAGAUUCAGAGAAAGAAAGCCCGUUCUUGGUUACACAAGUCCAUAUUCACCAUUUCCUCGUUUUGUAACUCCUUCAAUGCCAGUUUUGUAUUCCUCGGUAACACCAAACCUUCCUUAUAUCCCAAUUGGACCUAUUAGACCUUUAGAUAUGCACAUUGGCCCAGUCGCGCCACCUCCACCUCCACCCUUUAAUCCAAUGCCAAUGAAGCGAAACCCAAUUUAUGUAAGACAAAGACUUCCACCUCCAAUCCCGCCUACACCUUCGCGUUCACUUGUACCAAAAUCAACUCAUAAAUUGCCAUCUGGUACUAUGGGCAGAAGAAAGUCAACAACCGCUGUACCAAUGCGAUCAACUACGAUACCGGCAUCAGUUUCACCCACAACAAAGCCAAUGACAACAGUUCCAAUGAUACCUUCAACUAAACCAUCAACUACACCUAAACCCAAUUUACCGACUACAACAACAACAACAACUAAGCAUCCAACUUCACCCGUUGCCGUUGAAACUGCUGAACUUGCUGACAAUCUUCAUGGUGGUUUCCUUCCAGUCUUGAUCAACUCCAAGGGUCCAACUACAAUUACAACUUUGCCACCAAAAACAACAGUCAGGGAACCAGCUCAGACAACAGCUAAAGAUAUUUAUCCUUUGUUUAAUAGUAAUCUAGAUUUGAAACGUAAUCCAAAUACUGGAUUACCGUCAACUAAGCUACCUUAUUAUUUAACUACCUUGGCCGCCAUGAAUUCAACAUUUAGUCCAAACGAGCUGAAUAAUUUGGGUUACAGACCAACAAAUGAUCAAGAUAAAUGGGAAAAUAUCUUGCUACCAACAAACACUGCCAUCGACAGCUCUGGCGAAUCAGAUUCAACUAAAAUUGACUCAAAAGAAUCAUCUUUACUUGAUCAAGUAAUCUAUAAAAUGAUUAACCAAUCUCUCGGACUGAGUAAUGUUUACCCUCUGGCUACAAAAGAUUCAUCAGAAGAAAACAAUAAUGAGGACAAAAAGGUCGACUCUAUGACUUCCUCAGAAGUUUUUGAUCCAUCAUCAAUAUUGGCAUCGUCAACAUUGAACAACAAUUUACCAUCAUCAUCAUCAAUACCAUCUUCAUCAUCGAUCCAUUCCCAAGCAAGUCCAGAAAUAAUUGAGAAAGGAUUAACCGGAAUACCAUUUAGUUCAAAACCGAUCAUAUUACCAACAUCAACGGUGCCAAUAAACCUUUUCAGCAGCCCAAUAAUCACUAGUCACCCGAUUAUGGAUUACCAAUUUUUCCCAUCAUUUUACUCAACCCACUAUGGCUUAGGACCUGUAUCAUCAUCUUCCUCCUCAUCACCACCGCAUUCGUCUUUAACUUCAUUGAUGUCACCUUCAUUAUCAUCUUCAAUUAAUCCAUCAGAUUUAUCCUCUAGUCAUUUACCUUACACCGAAACAGUUAAACAAACAACAAGUAUUAAUAAUAACUACGGUGAAUCAAUGGAAACAUCAACAGUUUCAAUAGACGAAUCUAGCAAUUCUGAUCCAUUUGAUUUCUUUGGAUCUGACGGCAUGAGUUUAUCUUCGUCUUCAUCUUCAUCAUCUUCAUCCAACAGUACUGAUGAUGCUAUUUUAUCACACAUUAUGUCUUUAAUUGCUGAUAAUGCAGCUCCUCCAGAAGUUAAAAUUGUUUCUAAAUCAGAUGGAACCGUAUCAUCGACUCACGUUGAAGUGCACCACAAUUUAAGCAAGAGAUCCGCCCAUCAUCACCAUAAUCACGAUGAUGGUUUCGAUCAUGAUGAUGUGCACAAGCCAUCAUCAUCUUCUACAUCAUCCAUUUUAUCUUCAGCUUCAAUUUCUUCGGGGAACAAGGUUUUCAAUAAUUGGUCAUUGGUGGUAAAUUUAUUUGUAACUCUGUUAACAUUAACACUAUUUUCAAACUAAUUUUUUGUAAUCAGAUUAUAUAUUUUUUUACUAUACAUGAUUUAAUAAACAAAAAUUGAAAAAUUCUCAUU